AUGGCAGAUAUGUCAAUACCUUUACACUCACUCCGAUUCAACAAUACGCUGAGGGAGGAAAAUCUUGACCCCCCAAACAGCGGGAUGACCUUCUCUGGACCAAUAAUGGAGACCAGGGCAGAGGUCCAAAUUUCACAUUCUCAUGUACAAUCUAUAGUCUCCACUUCAGUGUCAGACCCUGAAGGGAUGUCUGCACAGCUGAUGACAUCCCCAGCCUUUGACACCACAUCCGUACCUCUAAUGGAAGCACCAAACUCUGGAGCACUGUCCCCAUCACUAAUGCCAGGCUCAGAUUCUGGGGCAUUGUCCCCAUUGCUAAUGGCAGCUUCAGAUUCAGAAGCACUGUCCCCAUUGCUAAUGCCAGCCUCAGAUUCUGGAACACUGUCCCCAUUGCUGUCCGCUUCAGACUAUGGAUUAAUGUCCCCAGGGUUGAUGACAAUUCCUGACUUUGGAACCAUGUCCACAGCACUAAUGGCAGCACCACAUUCAGCAGAGAUAUCACCAUUGGCAAUGCCAGCUUCAUCCUCUGGAGCAAUGUCUACAUCUGUAAUGAGCACUUCAUCCUCUGAAGUGAUACCCACACCAUUGAUGCUGGCCCCAGAUCCUGGAGAGAUAUCUCCUCUCCUAAUGCCAGAUAUAAACCCUGGAGUGAUGUCCACACAGCCAAUGCCAGCUCCAGGCUCUGAAGCAAUGUCACCAUUGCAAAUUACAGAUGAAGACACUGAAGCAAUGUCUCAAGUACUAAUGACUGCUCUGGCCUCUGGAGAGAUAUCUUCACUGUUAAUGUCAGGCACAGACUCCGAGGCGAUAUCCUCACUGAUAAUGUCAGCCCUUGCUUCUGAAACAAUGUCAAGCCAGCCAACGAGCACCCAGGACUCUGGGGAAAUGUCCACCCAGCUAAUGUCAGGCCCAGAUUCUGGAGUAGUGUCUUCACUGCUAGUGUUGGCUCCAGGUUCUGGAGCAAUGUCCACACCACUCCUGUCAGCUCCAGAUACUAGAGAAGUGUCCACAUUGCCAAAGCCAGCUCCAGACACUGAAGCAGCGUCCCCACUGCUAAUGACAGCCCUAACCUCUGGAGUGAUGCCCACCCAGCCGAUGUCAGCCCAAGACUCGGGACUGAUGUCCCCACAGUUCACACAAAAUCUAGACUCUCAAGUCAUGUCUACUCCACCAAUGAGAACAACAGCCUCUGGUGGGUUGUCCACGGUGCCAGUGAGAGCUACUGACCCCGGAGCAAUGUCCAUACCACAGAUGAGAGCUCUGGCCUCUGGCAAUAUGGCUUCAUUGCUAAAGACCAUUCCAGACUCUGAAGCAUUGUCCACCACACUGAUGACGGUCACAACUUCUGGAGCAAUGUCUGAUAAAAUGUCAACCACAGCCUCUAAAGUAAUGCCUUCACAGUUAACAAUGGCCAGAAAUUCUGGAGCAAUGUCUACAGGCUUUAUGAAAGCCACAGCCAGUGGGGCAAUGUCAACCCCACAAAUGAGAUCCCCGGCUUCUGCAAUGACGUCCACACCGCUAAGGAGAGCCCCAGUCUCUGGAGCAAUUUCCACACAGCCAGUUACAGCCCAAGCCUCUGAAACAAUGCCCACACUACAACUUUCAGCAUCAGCCUCUGGGUCAAUGUCUACACUGCAAAUGAGAACCCCUGUCUCUGGAGCAAUGUCUAUAUCACAAAGGAGAGCCACAGCGUCAGGAGUGACAGCUGUACCACAGUUGAGAGCCUCAGCCUCUGGAGCACUGUCUACACUGUUAAUGAGAGACAUGGCCCCAGGAGUGAUGUCCCUGCCGCAAAUGAGAGCUACGGCCUCGGGAGCAUUGUCCAAGCCACUAAUGACAUCCAAAGCCUCACAAACAAUGUUCCUACAGCAAAUGACAACCACAGCUUCUGGAGAGAGAGCCACAAUGCUAAUGAGAGAUACAACUUCUGGAGCUAUGUCCAUGCAACAGAUGACAGACACCACUUCUGCAGGGAUGGCUACACCACUAAUGAGAAUCCCAGCCUCUGGAGACAUGUCCACACCACAAAUGACAGCUGCAGCUUCUGGAACUAUGUCCAUGCCUCUACUGGGAGCCCCAGACCCUGGAGCAAUGCCCACAGUGUUAAUGAGAUCCACACCCUCUGGGAAGGUGCCCAGUCAGCCAAUGAGCACCCAAGACUCUGGAGGGAUGUCCAUGUCGUUCAUGAGAUCCAGGAUCUCUGGAGGGAUGUCCCCACUGGAGAUGCAAAUCCCAGCCUCUGAAAUGAUGUCCACACCAAAAAUGAGAGCCCCGGCCUCUGGGGUGAUAUCCACACCACUAAUGAGAGCCCCAAACUCUGGAGAGAUGUCUGCACUGUUCACAAGAGCUUCAUCCUCUGGAGAGAUUUCCCCACCAUUAAUGAGAACCCCAAUUUCUGGAGAGAUAGCCACAUCCUUGAGAGUCCCAGCUUAUGGGACAAUGUCUACUCCACAAAUGAUGGCCUCAGCCUCUGGAGUGAUGCCCAUGCCACAAAUGAAGGCUCCAGUCUCUGGAGAAAAGUCCACACCACUAAUGAGAUCCACUGCUCCUGGAGUAAUGUUCAUGCCUCACAUGACAGCCACAGCCUCAGUAGGGGUGUCCAUGCCACUGAUGAGAACCCCAGCCUCUGGAGCAACAUCUGCACCCCAAAUGAUGCCCACAGCUUCAGGAGAGAUGUAUACACUGCCAAUGCGAGCUCCAGCCUCUGGAGUAAUGUCUCCACCACUAGCAAGAGCCCCUGUCUCUGGAAUGACAUCCACACCACUAUGGAGACCUUCUGCCUCUGAAGCCGUAUCCACAGAGUUAUUGAGAGGUCCAGCGCCUGGAAAGAUGUCCACUGCACAAAUGACAGCCAUGGCCUCUGGAGGGAUGUCCAAGCCAUUAAUGAGAGCCACAGCCUCUGGAACAAUGCCCAUGCCAUUGAUGUCAGCCAUGGCUUCUGGAGACAUGUCUGUGCCGCUAAUGAAAAGCAUGGCCUCUAGGGCAAUGUUCACACUGCAAACAAGAGUCACGAGUUCUGGAUCUAUGUCCUUGCCGCAUACAACAUACACAACUUCUGGAGGGAUGCCUGCACUGCCAAUGAGAGCCUCAGCUUCUGGAAUGAUGUCCAUGCCACUUCUGAGAGCCACAGCCUCUGGAGGGGUGUCCACGCCACAAAUGACAGCCAUAGCCUCUGAAGGGGUGUCCAUGAGGACCCCAGUCCCAGGAACCAUGUCCACACCACAAAUGGGAGCCACAGCCUCUGGAAUGAUGUCCACUCUGGAAAUCAAAGCCACAGACUCUGGAGAAACACCUGCCUCUCACAUCAAUGUCACAGCCUCUGGAUCAAAGUCCACACCACACAUGGCUGCCCCAGCUGCUGAAGCAAUGAACACACCACCAAAGGAAGUCCCAUCCUUCGGCAUGCUGACCCCAGCACUCUGUUACCUCUUAGAAGAACAGGAAGCAGCCCGGGGUUCGUGUUCUGUGGAGGAGGAGAUGGAGAUUGAUGAGGAGAAGCAAAUGAAGGGCUUUUUGAAUGACUCAGAGAAAAUGGCAUUUCUGGUGUCUCUUCAUCUGGGGGCAGCAGAGAGGUGGUCCAUCUUGCAGAUGGAGGUAGGAAACCCCGUAUCAGAUGAAAAUAAAUCUUUCCUGAGCAGAUCACAGGGCUUGUAUGACUCCCUAUCAGAGAUAGACAUCCUCAGUGCUGUACUUUGCCAUCCCAAGCAGGGCCAGAAGUCAGUCAGGCAGUAUGCCACUGACUUCCUGCUGCUGGCCCGACAUUUGUCUUGGUCUGAUGCCAUUCUACGGACCAGGUUUCUGGAAGGGCUCUCGGAAGCUGUUACCACCAAAAUGGGCCGGAUCUUCCUGAAGGUGGCCGGCAGCCUAAAGGAGCUGAUAGACAGGUCUCUCUACACUGAGUGCCAGCUGGCUGAAGAGAAGGGUUCCCCAGGCAGCUCAAGCCAGGUUCUGCUCUCAGCCUGUAAGCGGAAUAAUGAGGAGGCGAUGGAGAAUGAACUGAACCCUUAUCAGCAGACUGAGGAGCACCAGCAUGUUCCUAAACGCUGUUACUACCUGAAAGAGCAUGGAGACCCUCAAGAGGGUCUGCAUGACCACCUUCGACAGAGCACAGGCCAUCACAAGGCCCCCACCAACAAGUAA